AUGAAUGGAGGUCCUGCAAAUGCAGAAGGUCCAUGGUUAAAACCUUAUGAAGUACUUAAUUCAAAGUAUACAGUUCAUACUAUGCUUUCAGCUGGUGGGUUUGGUCAAGUAUAUUGGGCUACAGAAAACAAAACUGGUAAAUAUUUAGCUGUUAAAAUUGAAAAACAAGGAAGCAAGAUUUCUUUAUUAACAGAGGAGGCUAUUAUAGCAUCAAAAAUUAAUAGAAGUGCAUGUAAAAAGAAUGAUCAUGGUAUAAGACAUCCUAUUGUAAGACUUUAUGAUUAUUUUGAAACUCCUGAAUACAAGAUAUUAACAAUGUCCAUGUGUGGUCCAAAUAUAAGAGAAUUGAAAAAAGCAACUGAAUAUGAUCGAUUUUCACCAACUACUACUUUUUGGAUUAUGAAAAAAAUGGUUGAUGCACUUAAAGUUCUUCAUGAAUUUGGAUGGAUUCACAGAGAUGUUAAACCAGCAAAUUUUUGUAUUGGAUUGGGAAAAGAAGGUGCACACAGAUUAUAUGUUGUAGAUUUUGGAUUGGCAAGAAAAUACAUAACUUCAACUGGUAAAUUAAGAGAAAAAAGAAGUUUUUCAAGUUUUAGAGGGACAUUAAGAUAUGCUAGUAUAAAUGCUCAUAAUAAAAAAGAUUUAGCUAGAGUAGAUGAUAUGUGGAGUGUCUAUUAUAUAGGUGUUGAAAAUAUCAUUGGGAAACUUCCGUGGAGAAUUGCCAAUGAUCGUGAUAAGGUUGGAAAUAUGAAACAAGAAAUUAAUUUACUUGAACUUGAUUAUGGAAGUUAUGGAGAUGAAGAAUUAACAAAAUCGGGAUAUCAUCGUAGAUACAAUAACAAAUUGGAUUGGGAAAUUAACAAACAUGUUAAUAAAAUUCUUUCAGAAAAAAAUAUUAGUAUUGAUCAGGAUAUUUUCAAGAAAAUGGCAAAAUGGGAGAAAGAUAAUUAUGGAUAUUUUUGUAUGGAAAUGGGUGCAUUUACAAAUGAAUAUUUUUCACAAAAUUGGAUAAUUGUUUUUCAAUAUAUUUUUAGCUCUAAAAACAUUAUAAAUAAUGGUAAAGAAAAUAAAAAUUUUUUAUAA